ACAUCGGCUAUCCGCUAUGCAGAAGUACUGCAUCUUAAAAGUAAAGCGCUCUAAAACUUAUUCUUAAAAUUUUUUUGCAAAGGAAUAUCUAUUUAUUGGUCGCGUAACGCAGUACAUUAAAGAGACGAACAUGAAAGCAAGCGCGCGUUUGACGCAGAUUGAAAAAGCGACUAAUGAUGCAAACCUUAGCCUAUUAUUGAAAAUUACUUAGCGUAUGCAGUCUUAGUGGGUUAAAAUACAGUUAAUUUAGACUAAACUAUAGCAGGUGUAAAUGCUAAACUCGGGACUAAAGCUUUAAAACUGGGAUCGAAUGAGUUGAUAGGUUCCAAGAUGCUGUCACCUUUAAGACCUGCUAGAAGUGCCUUUUAUUCUACCAUCAAAUGUACAGGAUUUUCAAUGGAGCAGUGUAAUUCUUUAAGCUCUUUGAGUCCAUUUGAGUUGAGGAAGUUGAUCAGAGCUGCAGAUCCAAGGAUUAAAACUACAACUGGGUUAGCUUAUGGAUUCCAGCAAGCCAAUGUGCUUGUGCUGCCAUCAGCACUCUCCAAAGAUUUUGAGGAAUUCUGUGGAAAAAACACGGCUCCUCUGCCUCUGCUCUAUGUCAGCAAGUCUGGAGAGAUGUCCUGUACACCUUUGGCUCAACAUGCAGACAUAAGGACUGAUAUUUCCCAGUACUGUGUUUAUGAGAAAGGAAAACUGCUGAAAACUGUCUCAAACCUGAAUGACUACACCAGCCCACUUAAGGACAUGGUAUGUUUUUAUCUGGGCUGCAGCUUUGGUUUCGAGGGGAAACUUAAAGAGGCUGGAGUCCCCGUGAGGAAUGUGGAGCAGAAGAAAAAUGUCAGCAUGUACAGGACCUCUGUGCCCUGUGUACCAGCUGGAGUCUUUCAGUGCCUCCUGGUGGUCACAAUGCGUCCUGUUCCGGCUCAGAUGCUGGAUAUUGUAGUGGAGGUCACCCACCUCAACCCACUGGCCCAUGGAGCUCCUGUGCACAUAGGAGACCCAGCUCUAUUGGGGAUCCAGGACCUGUCCAGACCAGAGUAUGGGGACGCAGUGGAGCAGCAGCCCGGAGAUGUGCCUGUGUUCUGGGCCUGUGGAGUGACAUCCAUUGAAGCAGUUCUCACCAGCAAACCGGCGUUGGCUUUCACUCACUCUCCAGGCUGCAUGUUCGUCACUGACCUCCCAGACUCCUCUUCCUGUCCCUCCUCCUCCUCCUCUUCUCCUCUAGACCCCAAUCUCACCCCCUUGAGUUUCAAACUAUCCCAGAAUCCUUUGUUCUACAGCUUAGCUUCAAAGAGGGCCUUGCACAAAAUCAGACAACUGGAGAACAUCAUCGGAGAAGAUCCAGGGGAGCGAGGGAUCAGUGCCAUCUUCCUCCCGGACGAGCUGCUGUUGUCCUGCCUCGCUCUCUCUCACUCCUCCUCUGUCCUCAUCACCACCGGAUUCCCCACUCACUACAUGCACAAUCCUCCUGAUGAGACAGACGGUCCACCUGGAGCCAUUGCCAUGGCGAACAUGCUGUUGUCUCUGGGGAAACAGGUUACCAUGGUGACAGACCGGAGAGGCCUUCAGCUGAACCAGGACAUCAUCACCGAGGCCGUGAGCUCAGGUGUGCUGGUCGCCCCGGUUCCUCUGGUCACUUUUGAAGACAAUGGCCCAGACUCCGCCCUCAACUUCCUGUGUCACAAUGGAGACGUCAACAAACCCAGGUAUGAUCACUUGGUGGCGAUAGAGCGCAGUGGACGUGCUGCAGAUGGAAACUACUACAACAUGAGAGGAGUCAACAUUAAGCACUUGUUGGAUCCCAUUGACAAUCUGUUUAUCGCUGCUAAAGACAUACCAGGCAUUCGUACCACAGGAAUUGGUGAUGGUGGUAAUGAGCUGGGGAUGGGUAAACUGAGGGAGCGAGUGAAGAAUUAUAUGCCCAAAGGAGAGCUCAUCGCCUGUGAUGUACCUGCAGACUACGCCAUCACCUGUGGCGUGUCUAACUGGGGAGGGUAUGCAGUGUGUUGUGGUUUAUUCCUGCUCCAGUCGUGUCCUUCACAUCAGAGAUACUUAAAGAAGGGAUUGGGACUGAAACAUAAACAGUGUAAAGAAAAUGGACUAAACCAGUGGAGCUCAGGACUCCCCUCUGUGGAGAAGGAGGAGACUUUUCUAUCCACUCUGAUGCACUUUGGGGUUAGAAGUGGGAAAACUGGAAACUUGGCAAUGGAGGUGGAUGGGCUGACCUUUCACCCCACACACUCUGACCUCAUCACCAGACUGCUACAGGUCACCCACUCCACAUGACCUCUGACCUCUGACCUCUAACUGAAACUGUCAGGAUUUUGAAGUACUAAAGGUGGCAUUGUUCCAUAUACAAAUAAGAAUGUGGUUCUCUACUUUUAACUUAUCUUUAAUAUUAGUGGAUUUCAGUGAAAUGCAUAAUUUUCAGGACUUUUUCCUAUUCAAAAGACCCAUCAGUCUGCGUGACCAUGUUUGUUUUGGUUCAUUUGGGUGCUUCACCCUUGCCUUCUGCACAAACAACAAUCAUAAGCUAAAUUAGUAAAUGAGCAAUAUAAAAAAUGUUGAUGUAGUUUUUGUUUCAUUCAUGUGUGUUUAGUUUAAGGGGCAUUGUGUAACUGUGCUGGUGCUAGUCCCAUUUGCCUGGAAUGUUCUAGAGUAUGGCAUUAAGAUUAUCAAUCUCCAUGGAAACAAGGUGAUCCCGCCAGGCCAAGCUACAAGUCAGAUCUGCGAAGAGGGAACCCUGCUUACUGUGCUUUAUUUCCCCUAGCAAUAAAAACACAAUUAAAACAAUAAAAUAAAAACAUAAAGUUAAAUGUACUUAGAUUAAUAGAGUCGUUUUAGAUUUUUUGCAGUACAUUGGGAUCAGUAGCAUUUAUUGUAACUUUGUUGUAACUUGAAUUAAUAAAUCAGAUGUUUUUGAUGUUUUGUUUUUAUUUCUCCAUUAAAUAAAUGUAGAAAAAGAAAA